UUGAAAGAUGAGCUCCCAAAGCAAUAGUGAAAGCCAGGAGAUACUAUCGUCUUUACUACUUUAUCAACACGAGCCUGAAUUUGACCCAGAAAACACAGAUGAGCAGUAUGGUAAGGCUGGUAAGACCUGAUGCCUUUCUAAAAAUGAGUCUCAGUGAAAGGACAAUGGUGGGGUCUUCUGUUCAAUCCAGGAGUGAAACACCGGACAUCAGCUGUUUGUCUAUGAGAAGUGAAAAAUCAAUGCAAGGUCCCCCUUAUUUCAGUGAUGAAUCCGUGACCUCUGAUGCUUUUGGGGAAGAUUAUCAUCAGGAUUCUCAUGAACCAGUAGAUGAUGUUCUGCAGAAAGUCAGAGAUCAACACAAAACCAUCAUGAAGAACAAGUAUGAGAGUUUAUUUGAGGGAAUCAAACACCAAGAGAAUCAAACCCUCCUGAAGAGGAUUUACACACAACUGUACAUCAUAGAGGGAGAAAGUAAAGGAGUGAAUGAAGAACAUGAAGUUUUACAUAUGGAGAAAAACACCAGAACACAACACUUACAAGACACAACAAUCUACUGCAAUGACAUCUUUAAACGCUUACCUGAACCAGAAUAUAAAACAAAGAAAAGAAGAGAGAGGAAAGACAAAAUCAAGAGUGUUUUUACCAAAGGCAUUGCUGGAAUUGGAAAAACCGUCUCUGUACAGAAGUUCAUUCUGGAUUGGGCAGAGGGAACAGCCAAUCAGGAUAUAGAUUUCAUGUUUGUGUUUCCGUUUCGAGAACUGAACUUGAUUCAAGAUGAUCGGUACAGUCUUCACAAACUUCUGCUUGACUUUCAUCCUGAACUUCAAGAUCUGGACUCAAAGAUUUAUGAUGAGUGUAAAGUUGUGUUCAUCUUUGAUGGUCUGGAUGAAAACAGAAUGACACUGAUGUUUUCAGAUACUGAGAAAGUUUCUGAGGUGACUGAGACUUCAUCAGUGCCUGUGUUGAUAUCAAACCUCAUGAAAGGAGAUCUCCUUCCAUCUGCUCUCAUCUGGAUCACCUCCAGACCAGCAGCAGCCAAUCAGAUCCCUUCUAAAUACAUCAACCGUCUGACAGAAAUCCAGGGUUUCAAUGACGCUCAGAAGGAGGAAUAUUUCAGGAAGAGAAUCAGUGAUGAACAUCAAGCCAGCAGAAUCAUCUCACACGUCAGAAGAUCAAGAAGUCUCCACAUCAUGUGUCACAUACCAGUCUUCUGUUGGAUCUCAUCCACUGUGCUUCAAAACAUCCUGAAACAAGACAAUGAGAGAACAGAAAUCCCUAAAACUCUGACUGAAAUGUACAUCCACUUCCUGCUGAUUCAGAUGAAUAUGAAGAAUGAGAAGUAUGAUGAGAGAGAUCCAGAGAAACUCCUGCAGUCCAACAGAGAAGUGAUUGUCAAACUGUCUGAACUGGCUUUCAAACAGCUGAUGAAGGGUAAUGUGAUGUUUUAUGAGGAGGAGCUGAGAGAGUCUGGCAUUGACAUCACUGACGCCUCAGUGUAUUCUGGGAUUUUUACUGAGAUCUUUAAGGAGGAAUCUGGGAUACAUCAGAGAAAAAUCUACUGCUUCAUACAUCUCAGCUUUCAGGAGUUUCUGGCUGCAUUCUAUUGGUUUUACUGCUGUGCAUGUACUGCUAUGAAAGCUCUUGCAUUUUUUGAUCCAUUGAAUAAUUUGCUUAAAGGUGCAGUAGAUAAAACUCUUCAGAGUGAAACUGGACAUCUGGAUCUUUUCCUGCGAUUCGUGCUGGGCAUCUCACUGGAAUCCAAUCAGAGAGUCUUACAAGAUCUUCUGACACACAAGGUGAAAACCUCAGAAACCAUCAGGGAAAUCACACAGUACAUUAAAGAUAAAAUUAAACUUGAUCAUCUCUCAGCUGACAGAUCCAUCAAUCUGUUUCUGUGUCUUCUUGAAGUGAAUGAUCAGACUCUGUACAGAGAGAUUGAGGAGUUUGUGAGAUCAGACAAACACUCAGAGAAGAAACUCUCUGCUGCUCACUGUUCAGCAAUAGCCUACAUGCUUCAGAUGUCAGAGGAGGUGCUGGAUGAGCUGAAUCUGAAGAAAUACAACACAACACAGGAGGGGAGAAGAAGACUCAUACCAGCUGUCAGCAACUGCACAAGAGCUAUACUUGCUGACUGUGAUCUCACAGUUGAGUGCUGUAAAAUUGUGGCCUCAGCUCUACAAUCCUCAAACUCACCUGUGAGAGAUCUGGACUUGAGUAACAAUGACCUGCAGGAUUCAGGAGUGAAGCUCAUCUCUGACGCUCUAAAGAGUCCAGACUGUAAACUUAAGAUACUGAAAUUAUCAGGUUGUAUGGUGACAGAUGAAGGUUGUUGUUAUUUGGCUUCAGCUCUGAGUUCAAACCCAUCAUUACACCUGAGAGAGCUGGAUCUGAGCUACAAUCACCCACAACACUCAGGACGACAGAUGCUCAAAGAAAGUCUUAUAAACUGUGCUCUCAAUUUGGACCAGGGAGAACACUUCAGGAUCACACCAGGUCUGAGAAAAUAUUUCUGUGAUCUCACACUGGAUCCAAACACAGCAAACGUUCAUCUUGUUCUCUCUGAGGACAACAAAAAGGUGACACAUUUGAAAGAAGAGCAGCUGUAUCCUGAUCAUCCAGACAGAUUUGAGUGUUAUGAACAGGUGCUGUGUAACGAGGGUCUGACUGGACGCUGUUAUUGGGAGGCUGAAUGGAGCGGCUGGUCUGAUAUAGCGAUGGCAUAUAAAGGAAUCGGUAGGAAAGGAAAGACUGAAGACUGCGAUUUUGGACUCAAUGAAAAGUCUUGGGCCUUGAGCUGUGUGAAUGGCCGAUUCACAGUGUGGUGUAAUAAAAACAGUAUUGACAUAUCUGUACCUUCACCACAACCUAAAAUAAUAGGAGUAUAUCUGGACUGGUCGGCCGGCACUCUGUCCUUCUACAGCGUCUCUGACACUCGAACACUUGCACACUUACACACAGUCAACACAACAUUUACUGAACCUCUAUAUGCUGGAUUUGGGGUUUUUUAUUCUGAUUGCUCUGUGUCUCUGUGUCAGAAUAAAUAAACAAUAGCAGAUAGCAAUUUAAAAUGUAAAUGUCUCUAUUAAUACACACUCUUUUACAAACACUUUUCUAUUAACACUAUGGGCCCUAUCUUGCAGCCAGCGCAAUUGACUUUGUCAGUGACGCAUGUAUCAUUCGUAUUUUGCACCGGCGCACAGCGGGUUUUUCCCUCCACAGACGCACGUCGGCAAACUAGGGAAUAAACUUGCGCUCCCUGGGCGGUUCAGCGCAAAAAAGGAGGCGUGUUCCGGCGCAAACCAUCCCUGAUGCUAUUUUGCAGUUUCAAAAAACAAUUGCGCCACUGACCAGAAAAAACUAUUCUAAAGUCAGAGGCGCAUUGCGCGUUGUUCAUUAUGCUAUUUUAGGGGGCAUGCUUGACCAUAAUGUAUAGCGUGCACAACGCGCACACACUUUGCUUAUCUAAUCUAGACAGAUGCAACAGUUAUUUUUGCAAAUCAUAAAUUGUUACAAUAAAAAAUAUUAAUACAUGAGAUAAGGGAAAUCAUUGUGGUGAGCAUUGUGGUGAAAGUUUUUAUUUAUUUUGUGUGGCUGCGUUAAAAAAUUAUCAUGCAAAUAACGAUUAAAAUAUUUUCAUAAGUUUGUUGUGUGGCUUUAUUACGUUUAUUUUACGUAAAUAAUAAUUCAAAUGUUUUCAUAAGAAACCUUUAUGUAUGUGAACUUGAUUUGUAAGUGUACUUUGGGGUGGACGCAGCGAUGUCCUCUGCUGGCCUCCCGUUACACGGCGUGGCCGAUUUAUGCUGGCAAGCUUGGGAUUCCCCCGUCUCCUGACAUCAUUGUAGCGCUUGCGGCGUAACGUCCCGGGGAUGCCAGCUGAUGAGACAGUUGUGGCUAUUUCCUCCCACGCCUGUUUAACUGACGCUGAUUUGGGCGGGUUUCUCCUAUCCCCAUACAAAACAACUUCUCUGUCUUUGACUGGUCUUACAAGGACGUCGGUCUCCUCGGCUGUGAACCGCUCCUGGCGUGCGCCUGGUAAAUCCCUCAUAUAGCAACCCGCCAUGGAACUUGCGCACUUGCGUUUAAAGGGAAUGUUGGAUGACGUUCUGAUUGGUUUAUUUGACGUUACGCCCAAACCACACCUAUGAAUAAUGAACCUACUUCAAACCAACCCCUUAUUGAUUUGCGCCUGGCGCAAGAGUUAUUUCUCCCAGCGGGAAAAUAGCAACAGCGCCCAAGAUCCACCCACAAACUCACUUGCGCUUUGCUCUUUGCACUUGCGUUUCAGAUCGUUAAAAUAGGGCCCAAAGUGUCGUCUAUCAGUACCAGGUGGUAUUUUGUACAAAUGUAGAACGACUUCAUUUUGAACAUAAGUUGCACAUUGUUACUUUCAACCCUCUCAGUUGGGACGAAGGUAACACACACACAAGUGGGUCAAAAGUGACAAUAGCAUCUGAGCUUUGAAUACAUCAAAAGUUUAUUAACAUCAUAGUUAAUUGAGAGCUCCAUAAACUGAGCUGAAGCGUGUCAGGUAAGAGAGACAUACAAAAUGUGCAGAGCAGUGCAUCACCAGGAACAUGAUUGAAAAUCAAUGCAGUAAAGUGUGUAAUAUGUUGGUGGAGCAUGACUGAUGUUUACAUGCACCCUCAUAAUGCGAUUAUAAUGGGAUUUGGGCAAUAUUGCGAUUAUACUUUAACUCAUGGAAACACAAUACUUUGGUAAAAGUAAGCUCAUAAUCUCUGCAAGUAUAAUCGUAUUAUAACGUAUA